AUGGCCAUUAUGGGACUCCAGCUACUCCUUACGGCAGCCCUAUCGCUUUGCCUAGGUGCUAUUGCCCAGAGCUGCACAUCCUACGGGGUUGACUACAGCAAUGGUGGUUCUUAUUAUAUCGACUCAUCGUCGAACGAUUACUUCAGCUUUGUCUCUGAAUUCCAAGGCAACCCAGGAUGCUACCGUGAAUCCAUCAGCCCCGUGCUGAUCGAUCCCGACAACAACCAGUAUGCAUGCUCUGCUAUCGAAAUUGGCGAUUCAGGCGCCAAGGUCACUUCACUAUGCUACAUACCAUUUUCAGCCAUGAGGACAGGGCAAUGGAAGCUUGUUUUGGCUGGGCGGCAGAUUUCCACCCAGCGUACCAUCAAUCUCAAAGUUGGCCCUCUCGCAACUACAACAGUCACUACAGAGACACUGGUCCUGCCACCUAAGACCACCACUCGCGAUUGCAAUAUUGGCCAGACUCAGACCGUCACCGUAUACCCCCCGACACGAACAGUUACAACACAGUCGAUCGUUACCCGGACCUCGACAGCCGGCCCAGUGACAAAGGCACUUACCACGACGCUGGUCACGACUGCCAAGUGCCACUGGCCAACCAGUGCGUUCUUUGAGUGA